AUGGGCCCCGAGAUGCGCCUGACUCGCAUCUGCUGCUGCUGCUGCCUCCUCUACCAGCUGGGCUUCCUGUCGCAUGGAACAAUUUCAGGACUGAAGCUCACACCCGACGUCGAAGAGUGGGAAGUCGUGUUUCCUGCACUCUGGCGCCGGGAGUCUCUGGACGCGGCGGGCGGCAGCGGGGGCAGCGCAGAUCCGGGCUGGGGGCGCGGCGCUGGGGGCGGCGGCCGGACGCAGGCUGCAGGCAGCUCGCGCGAGGUGCGCUCGGUGGCCCGGGCGCCAGUGGAAGAAGCCCCAGAUGGCCAGUCAGAGUCCUGGUUCGAGUCUACCCCGCAGGCAGGUGGUGAGGACGAGGAGGAACUCGAAUCUCAGGAGCUGCCUCGAGGAUCCAGUGGAGAUACCUCCCUGUCCUCUGGAGCCCCGGCCUCGUGGCAGUCGCCGUGGCCCCCGCAAUCCCCCUCGUCCCCACCCCCUGCCCAGCAAGCAGAACCCAGCACGGAGGAGGUGCUACUGAGAAUCCCGGCCCUCUCCAGAGACCUGUACCUGCUGCUCCGGAGAGAUGGCCGCUUCCUGGCGCAGCGCUUCGCGGUGGAGCAGUGGCCAAAUCCAGUUCCCGAUCCCACCCGGGCAGAGGCUGACCCUCGACCUCCCACGCCGCCAGACUCCGCCUGCUUUUACACUGGGACGGUGCUGCACCAUCCUGGCUCUCUGGCCUCUUUCAGCACCUGUGGAGGUGGCCUGAUGGGCUUUAUACAACUCAACGAGGACUUCAUAUUCAUUGAGCCAUUCAAUGAUACAAUGGCCAUCCUAGGUCACCCACACCGUUUAUACAGGCAAAAAAGGUCCACAGAGGGAAAAGUCAGGGAGAAGCCAGCUCUUCACAACCAUCCCUGCGGUGUCAUUUCAGAUAAAGGAAGACAAAGGUCUAAAAAACCAGGAGAGAACAGAAGAGAAAAACGAUAUUCAUACAAAUUGCCCCAGGAUUACAACAUUGAGACUGUAGUGGUUGCAGAUCCGGCAAUGGUUUCCUACCAUGGAGCAGAUGCGGCCAGGAGAUUCAUCCUGACGAUCUUAAAUAUGGUUUUUAACCUUUUUCAACACAAGAGUCUGGGCGUGCAGGUCAACCUUCGUGUGAUAAAGGUUAUUCUGCUCCAUCAAACACCAGCAGAUCUGUAUAUUGGGCACCACGGGGAGAAAAUGCUGGAGAGUUUUUGUAAGUGGCAGCAUGAAGAAUUUGGCAGGAAGAACGAUAUACAUUUAGAGAUGUCGACAAGCUGGGGAGAAGACGUUGCUUCGGUGGAUGCAGCAAUUCUUAUAACAAGGAAAGAUUUCUGUGUCCAUAAAGAUGAGCCAUGUGAUACUGUAGGUAUAGCUUACUUGAAUGGAAUGUGUAGUGAACAGAGAAAGUGUAUUAUUGCUGAAGACAAUGGCCUGAACCUUGCAUUUACAAUUGCUCAUGAAAUGGGUCACAACAUGGGCAUCAAUCAUGACAAUGACCACCCGUCAUGUGCUGAUGGUCUUCAUAUCAUGUCUGGUGAAUGGAUCAAAGGACAAAAUCUUGGUGAUGUUUCAUGGUCCAGGUGUAGCAAGGAGGAUUUGGAAAGAUUUCUCAGGUCAAAGGCCAGUAGCUGCUUGCUGCAGACAAGUCCACAGAGCCUCAGCUCUGUGCUGGUUCCCUCAAACCUGCCAGGAAUGGUAUACACUGCAGACGAACAGUGUCAAAUCCUCUUCGGGCCUUUGGCUUCAUUUUGUCAAGAGAUGCAGCAUGUUAUCUGCGCUGGUCUGUGGUGCAAAGUAGAAGGGGAAGCAGAGUGCAGGACCAAGCUUGACCCACCAAUGGAUGGGACUGACUGUGACCCUGGCAAGUGGUGUAAGGCUGGAGAAUGCACCCGCAGGACCCCUGCACCUGAGCCAUUGGCUGGAGAAUGGAGCACGUGGAGUUCCUGUAGCCGAAGCUGCAGUUCUGGGGUCAGCAGUCGAGAGCGCAAGUGUCCUGGGCUAGGUUCUGAAGCAAGGGAUUGUAAUGGCCCCAGAAAACAAUACAGAAUAUGUGAGAAUCCACCUUGUCCUGCAGGUUUGCCUGGAUUCAGAGACUGGCAAUGUCAGGCCUAUAGUGUUAGAGCUUCGUACCCAAAGCAUGCACUUCAGUGGCAGGCUGUCCUCGAUGAAGAAAAACCAUGCGCCUUGUUUUGCUCUCCUGUUGGAAAGGAACAAUCUGUUCUUCUAUCAGAGAAGGUGAUGGAUGGAACUUCCUGUGGGUCUCAGGGAUUAGAUAUCUGCGCUAAUGGCAGGUGCCAGAAAGCUGGUUGUGAUGGUUUACUGGGGUCUCUUGCCAGGGAAGAUCAUUGUGGUGUGUGCAACGGCAAUGGAAAGUCAUGCAAAGUCAUUAAAGGCGGCUUUAAUCACACCAGAGGGGCAGGUUAUGUGGAAGUGCUGGUGAUCCCUGCUGGAGCAAGAAGAAUCAAAGUUGUGGAGGAAAAGCCGGCACAUAGCUACUUAGCUCUUCGAGAUGCUGGCAAACAGUCGAUAAACAGUGACUGGAAGAUAGAACAUUCUGGAGCAUUUAAUUUAGCUGGAACUACAGUUCAUUACAUAAGACGAGGCCUGUGGGAGAAGAUCUCUGCCAAAGGCCCUACAACCACACCUUUACAUCUCCUGGUACUCCUGUUUCAGGAUCAGAAUUACGGUCUUCACUAUGAAUAUACAGUUCCAUCAGACCCACUUCCAGACAACCAGAGCUCCAAGGAGCCAGAACCUCUCUUCAUGUGGACACAUGCAGGCUGGGAGGAUUGCAAUGCCACAUGUGGAGGAGGAGAGAGGAAGACAACAGUGUCCUGUACAAAAAUCAUGAGCAAGAAUAUCAGCAUUGUGGACAACAAGAAAUGCAAGUACUUAACUAAGCCAGAGCCACAAAUUCGAAAGUGCAAUGAGCAACCUUGUCAAACAAGAUGGAUGAUGACAGAAUGGACCACGUGUUCACGAACGUGCGGAAAAGGCGUGCAGAGCAGACAAGUGGCCUGCACCCAGCAACUGAACAACGGGACGCUAAUUAGAGCCUGGGAGAGGGACUGCCUGGGGCCAAAGCCCGCGACUGCCCAGCGCUGUGAGGGCCAGGACUGCAUGACGGUGUGGGAGGCAGGGGUGUGGUCUGAGUGCUCAGUCAAGUGUGGCAAAGGCGUGCGGCACAGGACUGUGAGGUGCACUAACCCGAGAAAGAAGUGUGUCCUCUCCACCCGACCCAGGGAGGCGGAGGACUGUGAGGACUACUCAAAGUGCUACGUGUGGCGAGUUGGUGACUGGUCUAAGUGCUCCAUCACCUGCGGCAAAGGGAUGCAGUCCCGUGUCAUCCAGUGCAUGCAUAAGAUCACAGGGAGACAUGGAAAUGAAUGCUUUUCUUCAGAGAAACCUGCAGCGUACCGGCCGUGCCACCUUCAGCCCUGUAAUGAGAAGAUAAAUGUAAACACAAUAACAUCACCAAGACUGGCUGCCCUGACCUUCAAGUGCCUGGGAGACCAGUGGCCAGUGUACUGCAGAGUGAUCCGGGAGAAGAACCUGUGCCAGGACAUGCGGUGGUACCAGCGCUGCUGUGAGACCUGCAGGGACUUCUAUGCCCAGAAGCUGCAACAGAAGAGUUGA